GCACAGAUUCCCGAGGUGUCCCUGAACGCAGCAGCAAAGUGUGUGAGGCAAGCUGCUCAAUCAAGCCGCGUCCACUCUCACUCGCUGCAAAACUUCUCCAACACCUGACUCCUUUUUAAUGGAUGCUAAAUGAGUAUAAACCACAAUAUUCGGUCUUGCAAAUACUCCAGAGUUUCAAGUUGGGUCCCAGCACACAUACUCAGCCUUGUAGUAAGCUGCACUAUCAAGGAAAUUCCUCAGGCCUCCAGGGUCACCUCUGCAGUUUCAUUAUCAGGCGGUUCUAGCAGCUGUACAAGCUUCUGUGUCCAAAACAACACACACACAUUGGACAUUUCAUUAGACAAAACUGUUCCCAGGAUGGAACUUUAAAAGAAGGAAAUGGACUUCUGUGUUAUCAUGACCUGGUUUGAAUCCAUCUGAUCAUCUAUCAAACAGUGGAACAACUGCCGUGUGCAGGCGCGAUGGCCACCGAAGAAAAUCCAACCCCAUUCAGGACCGUCGUCCUGGAGAAGCGUUCAACACCAACUUGCACCGCAGUCAGGCACGACAGGGAAACCAGAGACUCGAGUGACAGCCAAGAAGUCCGUCAGCACCAGGACCAGUCGUGGCUGCCAAGACAGCGCAGUAGCCCCGCUCUCCUUUAUUACAGGAAGCUGUUGUGUGACUGUGAGAAAGACUCCAUUUGGACAAGGAAUAUUUUGAGGAGAAACUUUUGGUUGGCGAAAGAAUAGAAGGACUAACUCCAACGCUUGUUCAGGAGGAUCAUUGUGCCAGCUGGACUUUGGUGGUAAGGACACUUUAACCGACGUGACAACCCAGGAAAUUGUUGCCACACUCCCACAUCAGCUCUAGCUCCAGCCCUGCUAACAGCCAGUCGCGCUGUCCCAGCAUCUUUUGGUCCAACCGGCGACACAUGCGUCGCUCCAGCCUGCCAGUGUCUACGCUGGAUUUCCACAAGACAACACCAUCCCACUGCAGUCCCUCCAGUGAACCUAACUCCCCCCUGCUGCCCGCUUGCCGACAGCGACGUCACAACGGACUGAUUCGCAGACACCGAGUCAAAGACGACUACGUAAGCUUAGAGCGUCUGACCAGGCGGCCGAGCCGAAGCUCCUUGGAGACGUUCUUCCUGCAACGGGCGUCUCUUGAAUCCAUGCGGGACGAGAGGAUGUCGUCGGAAAGGAGGGCCGGGAGCUUUAGUGGGGGCAGCAGCAGUAGUUGCAGUAGCGAUGGGGAGGCUGGAGAAGACGACUCUGAGUUUGUUCGGAACCGUAAGGAUCGUUCUACCCUCCUGGUGAGGCGAUUCUUUAAGAACAAUCAGAAGAUGACCAAGUCGGUGUGUACUGGAACCAAAGCGAUCGUCAGAACGCUGCCGUCGGGACGCAUCUCAGAGGAAGCCUCUGAGGAGGUUGCUCGCCUCUUGGCACAGCGACCGAGCAAGAAGGAUAUUCGGCCAAUUCUUAAGCGCCAUGUGGAACAGCUUGGAGUCUGCAGGAUGAUGUUGCUCUUUGUCUGGGCCAAGAUGCACAAGGUAGUCAACAAUGACCAGGACGCAGCCCAACUUAACCUGACUCAUCCCGCCAAAAAGCUGCUGCUGCUUCUAAGUCGGCCCGCAUGCAUCAGCAACUUCCGACAUUCCUGCUGGCCGCUGCUCCCCAUUAGCGCUCGUCUACCAGGACCGUAUCAGGACCGCAUCCUUCCUGAGCACAGCCAGGGAUCUUCUUGUUCACUCAGGUCUUAUCUGGCAUCUGAUCAUAGGACGUCUGUGUGCUCCCUGCUGACCGGAGCCCUUCUGGACGCCACGGCCGCUCUCGGGGCUCGCUCAGGCCUGCCUUGCCCGUUUGGCCAGUCCCCCAACAUUCUAAAAGAGCGUCAGCUGGCCAACAGCAUGACCAGCACCAGCAGCAGCAGCAGCAGCAGCAGCAGCGGCAGCACGCUUCCUCCCAGCGUGAGCGGGAUCAGCAAAGAGCUGGCCGAGCUGCGGCACCUGGUGCAGUUCCCCGAGGAGAUCGCCUGCAUCCUCACCGAGCAAGAGCAGCAGCUCUACCAACAGGUAUUUCCCCUGGACUAUCUCUGCUUUCUGACGCGGGACCUGGGCAGCCCUGAGAGUCAAACCAGGCGGCACCCGAACCUCAAGGCCUCCCUGUCUGCGCCCAACAUGCCCACACAGACAGCCCGGCGCAGUAACGCCGUGGAGGACCUGGUGGCGCGUUUCAAUGAGGUGAGUUCAUGGGUGACCUGGCUGGUCCUGACUGCUGGUUCAAUGGAAGAGAAGAGGGAAGUGUUCUCCUAUCUGGUCCAUGUGGCCAAGUGCUGUUGGAACAUGGGCAACUACAACGGCGUCAUGGAGUUCCUGGCAGGACUCAGAUCCCGCAAAGUGCUGAAAAUGUGGCAGUUCAUGGACCAGUCCGACAUCGAGACCAUGAGAAGCCUGAAAGACGCCAUGGCGCAGCACGAGUCCUCCUCAGAGUACAAGAAGCUGGUAACCAGAGCGCUUAACAUCCCAGGAUGCAAAGUGGUACCUUUUUGCGGGGUGUUCCUGAAGGAGCUGAGCGACGCGUUAGAUGGCACCGCGAGCAUCAUCAGCCUCAAACCUCCUGCUGAUAACGCGGAGGAAACAAUAGAGUGUGUGUCCGACUACACCGGCCAGCACAACUUCAUGUCCCGCUCUGGCCCAGACGGUCUGCACGUGCCGGAGAAGGAAACCACGGUCAACAACAUCCUGCAGAUAAUUAGGUCGUGCAAUCGCAGUUUGGAGGCGGAGGAUCCCGAUGAUGCCUCCAGCGGUCCUCAGUCUUCUUCCGGGACCGCUCCAGCAUGCAGAAACAACUCCCUCAGGGACCGCUACCGCUAUCAUUCCAAAUCAUUUAGGACUUCUCAAGAAUCAAAACCCGUCUCGUUCAUGUUGGGGGACCUGUCCGACUCUGAAGGCGAGCUUUCAUCGGAGCCUGCACCCAAUGAGAUGGAGUUUCAAGGGACCGAGGAGACGCACAGAGCCUUCUGCCACGGCACUGAGCUCAUUCCCUGGUACGUGUUGUCGCUACAACCAGAUGUUCACCAGUUCCUGCUGCAGGGAGCCACAGUCAUCCACUACGAGCAGGACAGCCACCUGACGGCUCGAUGUCUGUUGAGACUCCAGCCCGACAACACCACGCUCACUUGGGUGAAGCCUCAGAGUGGAGGGGUCUCCCCCACGGAGCCACCACUGGGGAUGGGUCAAGCUGUGGUAGCAGGACUGGCUGAGGGCCUGCUGGACCUGGCAGUGGUAAAGGCCGUCUUUCUGGGUCACCAGGGAGUGGACGUCCAUGCCGUGUGUUUGCAGAACAAACUGAGCCAGAUGACGGUGGAGGAGAACGGCCUCAGCAUUCUUUAUGGGCUCAAUACCACUGAUAACAGACUGCUGCACUUUGUAGCCCCCAACCACACCACACAAAUGUUGUACAAAGGACUGUCAGAGUUAGUGAAUGCCACCCGGAAGAUGAAGAAGUUUCCAGACCAAAGGCUGCAGUGGCUCAGGAGGCAGUAUGUCAGUCUGUAUCAGGAGGAGGGUCGAUACGAGGGGCCGACGUUGGCCCAGGCUAUUGAGCUGUUUGGAGGGCGCAGGUGGAACAUGGGAGCAAGUGGAGGAGACAAGUCUGCAGCCCCUAAAAACAGUCCCCUGGGCAUCAAUGACAAGACCAAGAAGAAGAAGAAGGUUCUUGUGAGGGGAGACAGCGGGGAUGCCACAGAUGACGAGAUGGUGUCCAGGAAAACCCGCAGCUGCAAAGAGGGACUGUAUCGGAAUGGACCGGAGUCAGACAGCAUAGACCAGGAAGAUCAAGAUGACAGCUUCCCUGGGCCGUUCUCUUUGGCCUCUAAAGGAAGUCCGGGACUGCUGGCAUCUUCCUCCUCAUCCUCCUCAUCCUCCAGCAUGGCGAGCUCCAACCAAUCCCGUCCACAAUCUUCUCCGGUCCUCUCAGGGAUCUCCAAGGCACAACCAGGGGCGUGGAGCAGCAGGUCUUGGCACGGCCGCGGCAAAGGAUGCUUCAAAGGCUUUCAGAACCUCAUGAUCUCUGACAGCACCAUGAGCUUCAUUGAGUUUGUGGAGCUCUUCAAAUCAUUCAGCAUUCGGAGCAGGAAGGACCUGAAAGAACUUUUCGACACCUACGCUGUCCCCUGCAGUCGAGCCACUCCAGAGUCUGCUCCUCUUUACACCAGCCUAAAGAUUGACGACAGAGACGUGGGGCUCCAACCAGACCUUGACCUUCUAACUCGCAACGGCUCCGACCUGGAUUUGCUCAUCCGCACGAGGCAGCAGAUGUCCGACAACCAGAAACAGAUCUCGGACGCCAUCGCGGCGGCCAGCAUCGUGACCAACGGGACGGGCGUGGAGAGCGCCUCGCUAGGCGUGCUGGGCUUGGCGAUACCUCAGCUCAACGACUUCCUGGUGAACUGCCAAAGGGAGCACCUGAGCUACGAUGAAAUUCUGAGCAUUAUACAGACGUUUGAGCCGUCAUCAAACAUGAAGCAGAUGGGCUGGAUGUCCUUCGAAGGCUUUGCACGGUACCUCAUGGACAAGGAGAACUUUGUCUCUCGGAACGAGGAAUCCCAGAUGAAGCUGGAUGAGCUCCAGUAUCCCCUGUCCUGCUACUACAUAGAAUCUUCUCACAACACCUACCUGACGGGACACCAGCUCAAAGGAGAGUCCUCUGUGGAGCUUUACAGCCAAGUGCUGCUGCAAGGUUGCAGGAGCGUGGAACUGGACUGCUGGGACGGAGAUGACGGCAUGCCAGUCAUCUAUCACGGACACACCCUCACCACCAAAAUACCUUUCAAGGAUGUGGUGGAAGCCAUUAACCGGUCGGCAUUUGUCAACUCGGACAUGCCAGUCAUCCUGUCCAUAGAGAACCACUGCUCCCUGCCGCAGCAACGCAAGAUGGCCGACAUCUUUAAGUCGGUGUUCGGGGAACGCCUUGUGACGCGCUUCCUCUUCGAGAGCGACUUCAGCGACGACCCUCACCUGCCUUCGCCGCUGCAGCUGCGUGGGAGGAUCCUGCUGAAGAACAAGAAGCUGAAAGCCCACCAGGCACCGGUGGACAUACUCAAGCAGAAGGCUCACCAGCUGGCCCACCUGCAGGCUCAGGCCAGCAACGGGUCACCAGGGGGCGCCUCGCCUGCAAGCCACACCACCGAGGAAGAAGAAGAGGACGAAGACGAGUACGACUAUGACUACGAGUCUUUAUCAGAUGCCGAUGUCCUCAAUGCCUCUACUGCCUCCUAUGGGCUGGAAGAUAACCUGUUGGACGACAAGCCGGAAGGAAAAAGCUGCGUGGACAAAGAGGAUCAGCCUGUGGACGAGGCGCCCAAGCUGAAGAUGAAGAAAGCUGACAGCAGCACGCAGCGCAAAGGAAAGGUGUUCGACAUGGAACUUGGCGAGGAGUUCUACCUCCCUCACAACAAGAAGGAGAGUCGGCAGAUCGCACAGGAACUGUCCGACCUCGUCAUCUACUGCCAGGCCGUCAAAUUCCCAGGAUUGUCCACCUUGUCCCCGGCGGGAUCCGGCAGGGGAAAAGACCGCGGUAAGUCCAGGAAGUCCAUAUUUGGCACGGCUCCCGCCCGCUGCGCACAAACGGGGGAGGUCUCCACGCAGAGCCGCAACCCCGGGAGAGGUGGCGGCGUCAGCGAGCGUCUGAGCUGGGAGGAGCAUCAUCAGCAGACGUCGCCGGCCAACCCGCCGACGUCGCUGAGCGCCAUCAUCCGCACGCCCAAGUGCUACCACAUCUCCUCCGUCAACGAGAACGCCGCCAAGCGCCUUUGCCGCCGCUACUCUCUGAAGCUCAUGCAGCACACGGCCAGCCAGCUGCUCAGGACGUAUCCGGCCGCCACGCGCAUCGACUCCGCCAACCCCAACCCGCUUCUCUUCUGGCUGCACGGCAUCCAGUUGGUGGCGCUCAACUACCAGACGGACGAUCUGCCCAUGCACUUGAACGCAGCGCUGUUUGAGGACAACGGCGGCUGCGGAUACGUCCUCAAGCCCGCCGUGCUCUGGGACCGCAGCUGUCCUCUCUACCAGCACUUCUGUCCCAUGGAGAGAGACGUGGACAGGAGCUGUCCCGCCGUCUAUUGCAUCACGAUCGUGUCGGGUCAGAACGUUUGUCCCGCCAACGGCUCCGGCAGCCCCUGCGUGGAGGUGGACGUGUUGGGCACGCCGGGCGACAGCUGCCACUUCCGCACCAAGCCCAUCCACCGCAACACGCUCAACCCCAUGUGGAGCGAGCGUUUCCACUUCAGCGUCCACUUGGAGGACCUGUGCUUCCUGCGCCUGGCGGUGGUGGAGAACAACAGCUCCCAGGUCACCGCUCAGAGGACUCUGCCUCUCCGGGCCCUCAAAGCUGGCUACAGACACGUGCAGCUGAGGACGCAGCAUAACGAGGCCAUGGAAGUUUCCAGCUUGUUCAUCUACAGCCGGAGAAUAGAAGAAAGUCCAGCAGGGGGCGCCACGCCUUCAUCCCAGUUGUUCAGUGCGGAGGAGAAACAUGCGAGUCAGCUCCACAAAGUGACGGUGCAUGAAGCUCCCGGACAAGAACCUUUCACCGUCUUCUCCGUCGCACAGCAAACCUCCGCCAAACAACUCCUGGACAUGAUUGUCCCCACAGGAGAGGACCGGUCUGCAGACUACUUCCUGUGUGAGGAGAAGCUCCCGCUGGCCAAGGAGCGCGGGGACGCCAAGCGCUCGGCUCAGCGUCGCCCCCUAGCAGCCGAGGAAGUGGUGGUCAAAGUGGUGGCCAGCUGGGACACGGAGGAAGGAUAUGUGGGCAGGAUUUGUCUUCAAACCAGAGAGGAGAGUUUGGAGAAGAAGAAGAAGAUGGUGGAGGGGGAAGAGGAGGUGGCAGCAGUAGAAGGAGGAGUGGAGGAGGACAUGUUCCUGGUUCAAGUUCAUGAAGUGUCUCCAGAGCAGCCUCACACGGUCAUCAAGGCUCCUCGCUACAGUUCAGCACAGGACAUCAUCCAGCAGACCCUGUCCAAGGCCAAGUAUUCCUACAGCAUCUUGGCCAACCCAAACGCCAGCGACUACGUCCUCAUGGAGGAGGUGAGCAAGGACGUCGCCUCCAAGAAGUCGUCGACCACUAAGCCCGUCCAGCGUGUCCUUCUGGACCAGGAGUGUGUUUACUUGGCUCAGAGCCGCUGGAAGGGGGCGGGAAAGUUCAUUCUCAAACUGAAGGAGCAGGUGGUGCGCGAGGACAAGAAGAAGGUGAUGUCCUUCGCCAGCGAGCUGAAGAAGCUGACCAGCCGCAGUCGCAGCAUGACGACGGGCGUGGGCGUGGUGGACGGCGCCGCCCAGAGGUACCUGUCAGCUGCAUCAGGGCUGAAGGCGAAGAUGGCAGAGAGCAAACUGCAAGUCUCCUCUUCCUCCACUAGAGGGCAACAGCGACACGACAACAUCUCCUUGUCGCCCGUCAGUCCUCUGUCAUGGAAGCUUCACCUCCUCAGGAACUGGAAGAUCCACAAAUGACGAGAGAGGAGUUUGUCCUUGCUACAUAGGCUCCUCCCCUUUUCUUGAUUGCUCACCUGAGCGACAGCCGAGCAGGCGCGCGGCUCCGGGAUGUAGGACGACGAGUGGAUCCAUAGAGUCCAUGGCAGACAUGAGAAGAGGAAGGAGACAGGCUGGCUUGUUGACUUCCUGCACUGUAAGGAGGACAUUUGGCACAAAUAUUACCACACUUUUCUUUCUGUUGUGUCACUUUAACAGAAAUAUAAUGUCUAAAUGUUCCUUUUAGGUCCACAAACAGCAUUUUGCACAUUUCUUUGUAAUGCUUUUUCCUUGUCUUUGGUUCUAAGAGGCUAGAAUGUCGUUGGAUGAUCCAAAAAGUGACCGUAAAUGCUCCAAUUAUAUUUUUUAUGUUUGUAUCGCAUUAAGGAUUAUUAGAUCAGCUUAUUUCUAAAAUUAUUGUUUUGUAUCGCAUGAGUUCAUUGAAAACAACAGUAAAACAUUUUAAAGGUGGAUACAACCACAAAUUGCUGACCACUCAUAAUGUUUUAACCUGAAUGGUGUAAUGACCACAGCCAGUCUGUUAGUUAGCGCUGUAACUCAAAAAGUUAUGGAGUGUGAUAAAACUUUGAGAAAAUGUCCAAAAUGAGAUAAACAAGUGAUUAGACUUUUUGGAGCUGAUGCGGAUCAUUUGUGUAUUUGCUUAACAGCCACUCCCAGAGACAAAGACAGUGGAUACGUGACAAGAGGGUUCACUCUGCUACAGAUAGUGCAAAAAUGUUUGAUUGUGAUUGAUGAAAUUUAAGGAACCAAUAGUUUCAUUUUUGGUGCUGAUUCGGAUCAUUAUCUGGAUGUUUUAAAUGCAUUCUUUAUAUUGUGCUUGGGAUACAUCUCCUCUGAGGAGUUUUUUUUUUUGGUUAUAUUAAUAAUUGGGAGUGCAUGAGAAAGCGGAAAGUAAAAGUUAGCUGUAUGAUAACAUAUUCUACAAAGGAACCAAUAUUGUAAUAGUGUUGGACCACAAACUGCUGAGUCACCAUUAAUGAGUUCAUAGUAGACAAAAGUACAUCAGGGGGUUUCCUACUGCCACGGCUAUUAAUGCUUUUGUAGCACCUGUAGGAGAGUAUGCGGUUAAUUGAAGCAUUUACGGUAAUAACAUUCAUGGAAAAAUAUCAUAUUUCUUUCUUUUGAGUUCAGCCCAGUUGAUUCCAGAAGUGAAAUUCCAAGAAAGUUCUUAAGAGUUAAAAUUGAGUUUAAUUGUGAUGUUAAAAUACUUUAGAGGGAAACAUUGUGUUUGAUUCGCUUCAUGAAUUGUGAUAAUUGACAAUUAUUCACGUCCUAAUUAUGAUGAAUGACAGAAGAUAAUAGACUACAUGAUAUAAUAACACUAAAUAACUUUAUGGAAGAGGUUUGCUCACAUUCCAUUUUCAAACAGGCAGUGAAUAUGAAGAUUAUAUACAGUGUGUAUAUAUAUAUAUAUAUAUAUAUAUAUAUACAUAUAUAUAACUUCCUGUUUGAAAAUUCAAACUAAGCAUGUUUCUAACCUUAAACAGUCAAAUAACUGAUAUUUUAUAUACAUAAAAUAUCAGCAGUUAUUUGACUGUUUUCAAGGUUAGAAACAUGCUUAUAGUUUGAAUGUAUUUCUAUCAUGCGUAGUUAUAAAUAGACAAGGAAGUUUAGAUUGUGUUCAAAUGAUCUUAUUGCUCUUUUUGGCAUUAAGCAGCCAAAUCAGAGCAAUUAAUCACAAUAAAUGUAAAAAAAAAAAAAAUGUAAUAGCCUUUUAUUAGUGUUACUAACUUUAUUCAUUUGACAGGAAGGGAUUAUCUUUUAUUUUUGGUCAUAUUUUACCCUUGAAUGUAAUGUAAUUAUGAUCUUAAAAUGCUGACGGUGCAUUUGGAUGUUAUUUAUUGGAACGUUUAAAGCCCUGGUUGGCGUCUUAUUUGUUCUACAAAUUUCUUUCUUGUUUUUAAUUUAUUUCAGUGUAUCAUUAUACUGUAUAUAUUGAGAAAAGUUUUACUUUGGAGGAAAUAUGAAUUUCAGUGAUUGUGAAAGUUCCUAGACAAUUGGAAAUAGUCACUAUUUAAUCCACUGACACCUUUGUUCGCUGACUGCAGGCCAACCUUUUUCCUCUUGAUGCAAAUGAGUCAUUUUGUGGAUACAUGUUGCAAAGCAGAAUAAAAAUACUAAAUAUGAA